UUCAUCACCGGGAGGACAUUUAAAACGAACCCCCACCGGGACCGCUCGCUGAACGGAUGUUAAAUCUCAUAAUUUCAUUGGAGGUCAUUUAAACCUGAACUCCCCCUUCUCAUUGGGAUCUAGAAAAGAGAAUAUUUGAUUCGUGGAUAUUUAGUCGGACAAAUCUAACCGCAAUGUAACGGCAUUUUUAGAGUGGUGCGCUGUCGUUCUAAGAGUGGGUGUCCGUUAUUGUUCGAUGAGAUGUGAGAGAGUUGUCGUGAUUUCUGCUGCAGUCCUGCUGUUCUACAUCCGCUGUAGAAGGAACAAUAGCCUACAAUCUGUGGGUGAAUAGGUAGUUUGGUGGUGCAACCGCUAGGUUUCAGAGGAUAAGUGUUCACGUUGCAAAAUGAGACUUGGCUACAUUCACACAUAGUUUGGAGCAGAAUAUGGAUUUUUCUGUCGUCCUGGCUAAGAGUUGGGAAUGCGGUAAUGGAGAACUGGAAUAAUCCAAUAUAGCCUAACCGCUCAUGGCUGGAAUAAACGAAUAGACCCGAGGGAACGAGAAUGUUGGCGGCCCUGGAAAUUGUAGCCUGCAACACCGUAAAUCAAUCAACGACCGACUGAGUAAACUAAUUAUUGCUGAUUUGACUGUGGCGUCGGUCGACGGUAGCCUACCCUAAAACAAACCGUCAAUAACGGAUAAUCGAUAUUUGAAUUGAUGACGGAAUCACAUCGAUGAUAACAACCCACUCGGCGCACUGCACUCCUCCACGUUCAGAAGAGAAUCAUAUCCUCUGCGUGGGCGUUGUAAGCAGUGUUGUUGACCGGGAGAGGACACAUCAUAUUUCGGUCUGACAGAUUGGUAGUGACACCGGCGGGGUCUGUGUGUGAGAGGAUGGCAGCGGUAGUAAACUACUCUCCCCCAUGGUGGGUCAACCUGCUCCACCGCCUCCCCCACUUCAACCUGCAGUUUGAGACGGUCAGCAGCGACUUCAGACCCGAGGACUCAGAGUACCAGAAGUCGGUGCUGUUGCUAGGCGGAAUAGCGUUGGUGUGUCUGGCUCUGGACCUCCUCUUCCUCCUCUUCUACUCUUUCUGGCUGUGCUGCCGAAGACGCAAGAACCAUGACGACACACACUCUCACUCACACACACACCAGCCCCCCAACCCUGACUGCUGCUGUACCGCCUGGUGUGUCAUCAUCGCCACACUCGUCUGCAGUGCCGGCAUUGCCGUGGGUUUCUAUGGAAACGGGGAGUCAUGUGACGGAGCCAACCGCCUGGCAUAUUCUCUUCGGCACGCCAACCGCACCGUGGCAGGGAUCGACAAACUGGUGACGGACAGUGCCCUGUCUCUGAACCAGACAGUGGAGGGAGGUCUGGUCCAGUUGGAGACGGUCUACUCUGAACAGACUGACUAUGUGUCCAUCGUCCAGAAGCUCCAGGGUCAGCUGGAUGAGCUUGUCAGACUCAUGGUGGACAUCCCCUUCUGGAGUAACUCUGAUAUCUCCCUAGAAGACCUGGCCUUCCAGACUGAAGUCUUUGACUGGUACAGGUGGCUGGUAUACCUGACUCUGCUCCUGUUUGAUGUUCUGAUCUGUCUGCUGGUUCUGUUCGGACUCAUACGCAACUCUAAAGGCACUCUGAUUGGGGUGUGUUUGUUGGGUGUUCUGACUCUCAUCAUCAGCUGGGGGUCUCUGGGACUGGAGCUGGCAGCUGCCGCG